UAGGAUAUGACAAAAACACCCUCAAAUCAUUGUAGUCAGAGUGUGUGUUUUCAGAUAAGGUACAGAUAAGAAACCACCUCUAGAAAUCGAGCAAUAGAUCUCAUUCGCUCAACUCGUGCGUCCCACUGAUUCCAACAUAAUGUCCCAGAACUCUCCACGUGGCGUUCAUUACAAGAUAUUGAAGGUACUGUUGUCCUUAGAGAAUCAUUAUCUCCCCCUCGCUGUAAUGUAAUGUAAUCCACUCUUUAUGCUAAUUAUUCCUGUCGCUUUCUGUCUGUAUAGUGUAUACCCCAAAAAAAAGAAGUUCUCUCUCUCUCACUCACUCAUCUUCGUCUCUGUUUCUUUCAUGUUUUUUAUGAGUGAGUCUUCUCAACAAAUCUUCUGGUCUCUUUGGUUUUUAUCUUAGAGUGAGAGAAACAAGAUAGAGUGGAGAGAGAGAGAGAGAUACAGUUGUGUUGGGCGUGGAACUUGGACUUCCACAGAUCAGGUAUCCAUCUUCUCUUUCAACUUCUGAUUCGUCCAGAAGCUUUCCUAAUCUGAGAUCUGACAUGGAACACCAGGGUUGGAGUUUUGAGGAUAAUUAUAGUUUGUCCAAUAAUAGAAGAUCCAUAAGUCUAUGCAUGUUGUCUGUAUUUCUGACUAGGCCACAAGAUGAACUAGUGGAGUUGUUAUGGCGAGAUGGGAAAGUGGUUUUGCAGAGCCAAACUCAUAGGGACCAAACCCAGACCCAGAAGCAAGAUCAUCAUGAAGGAGCCCUAAGAUCCAACACUUUUCUUGAAGAUCAAGAAACUGUCUCUUGGAUCCAGUACCCUCCGGAUGAAGACCCAUUCGAAACAGACGACUUCUCCUCCCAUUUCUUCUCAACCGUAGACUCCAUCCAGAGACAAACCUCAGAGACGGUUAAGCCCAAGCCCGUUCCUGACCCUCCUCAAGUCAUGGCUAAGACUAAGGCCGGUUCUGACCAUCCUCAAGUCAUGCCUCCUCCUAAGUUUAGGUUAACUGAUUCAUCAUCAGGAAACAUGGAACUAGGAAAGGAACAGUACUCUGUGACGACCGUUGGACUUAGCCAUUGCGGGAGUAACCCAUCCCAGAGCGAUCUCGAUGUCUCAAUGAGUCAUGCUCGGAGCAAAAACAUAAAAGAAAAGCUUUAUCCGAACGCAAGUUCCUCAUCAGGUGGCUCCUCUGGUUGCAGCUUUGGCAAAGAUAUCAAAGAAAUGGCUAGUGGAGGAAGCAUAACAACAGACCGUAAGAGAAAACACAUAAUGGACACUGAUGAAUCUGUGUCUCAAUCAGAUGCAACCGGUAACAAGUCGAACCAACGAUCAGGAUCAACACGAAGGAGUCGAGCAGCUGAAGUUCAUAAUCUCUCCGAAAGGAGGAGGAGAGAUAGGAUCAAUGAGAGAAUGAAGGCUUUGCAAGAACUUAUACCUCACUGCAGUAAAACUGAUAAAGCUUCGAUUUUGGACGAAGCCAUAGAUUAUUUGAAAUCACUUCAGUUACAGCUUCAAGUGAUGUGGAUGGGGAGUGGAAUGACGGCGGCUCCGAUGAUGUUCCCCGGAGUACAGCCUCCGCCGUUCAUACGUCAGAUGCAGAUCCCCGUACCGUUACCUCGAUUUCCGGUUCUGGGUAGGCCUGCAAUUCAGAACAAUCCCGGUUUAGAUAGUCAGAACCCGGUACAAAACCAGGUCUUCUCUGACCGGUUUGCUAAGUACAUCGGUGGCUUCCCACAGAUUCAACAGAUGCAGGCCGCGUCUCAGGCGAUGGAGAUGAUGAGAUUUGGGUCGCCGGCGGGACAGCAAAGUCAACAACCGUCUGCGCCGACCAAGACCACCGAAGGUCCUCGUUUGGACCACUAGGGUUUGAAGUGUCACUUCUUCCUUCUAUUUUUUUUUUGGGUAUGUUUGCUUAUAACUUUCUGAACAUAAAAUUAAAACGUUCUAAGAGAUGUAAUAUUAUAGAGUACAACAACGUACGUACAACCUCUUUUACGUUAUUUUCUGUAUAUGCGAGUUUUACAAUAUGUCAAAGUGAUAUGAGAUUUUUGUAAAGGGAUGUGAGGAUUUUGUAAUUGUGGAAACUUUGGAAUGAG